GUGGGGGAGGGAGUGCCGGCUGGGAGCCAGCUAGAACCCGACAGCCCUGGGGCCACCUGGCUGACACCCAUACAGCUUCCUCCGAGUCACCAUAUAGGGCACAAAGAUGCUAGGAGGAGGGGACAGGGCUGAAGUCCAAGUUCUACUCCCUGGAGGAAGGGACUGACUUCACUCACACACGAAAGUGUCUGGUGCCUUAGUUAGGAGGCAGCCAGCCAGCCUGGUUCCAGUCCCCAGCUCUGCUUAUGACAGCCUGAGACCGGGCCAGGGCCACUGUCCUCGGCUUUCUACUGCGGUCAACGGGGCUGCUGUCCACCUGAUCACUAAACUCAAACAGCACAGCACGUAGGGCACCUCCUGGCAUGUGGUCGGAGCCCCACAUCGCUGGACUGUUGCCAUUAGACACCAGCUACGUGCCAGGCCAUGCUAAAUGCUGGGACGGGAACACAGCCACAAGCGGUGAGAAUCUAACCCGACCGGAUUUAAAGGCCAGCAAAGAGAACCCAAGUCAACACAGGAAGUUCAGACGCUUCCUGAUCGGAGAAGAUGGGCUUGUGUACGAAGGCCGGGGCUGGAAGGUCAAGGGUGACCACGCAGGUCGCGCCUGGAACCCCAUAUCCAUCGGCAUCACCUUCAUGGGCAACUACAUGGAGCGGGUGCCCCCACCCCGGGCCAUCAGGGCUGCCCAGAGUCUGCUGGCUUGUGGAGUGGCUCAGGGAGCUCUGAUGCCCAACUACGAAGUCAAAGGACACCGGGAUGUGCAGCAGACGCUCUCUCCAGGCGACCGGCUCUACGAACUCAUCCAGGAGUGGCCACAAUACAGGGGGUGAGGCCCUGGCUGCCUCCACCCCCAGUCAGAAACCCAUGGCCUCCCCCUCCAAUAAAGGUGCAACUCGAAAC